AUGACUUUUGCUUUCGUUCAGCCAUCGCUCUCCCUCCGCAAGGCACACUUGCAUCAGUCCAGUCGCACCUGGACAUGCUCUCUCACGGCCCCCCCAGCCGCUGCUAAGGCGGCCAAAGCCAGCUCACUCCUCGCCCCGGGCCAGUCGCACUUCCUCCACGUCGACGACCUGAGCCCCGCGGAGCUGAAGCGUAUCCUGCAGUCUGCCAAAAAGAUCAAGGACGCCGACCUGCUCAACGACGCCGACUACCGGCCGCUGCUGAACAAGGCGAUGUCGAUGGUGUUCGCUAAGCCGUCCUCGCGCACGCGGGUGUCCUUCGAGACGGCGAUGUUCAAGCUGGGCGGGCACGCGCUGGCGCUCGGGCCGGAGGUGGGCGUGAACACGCGCGAGGCGGCGGGCGACGUGGCGCGCGUGCUGUCGGGGAUGACGGACGUGAUCAUGGCGCGGCUGUUCGCGCACGGGGACCUCGUGCAGCUGGCGGAGCGGGCGUCCGUGCCCGUGAUCAACGGGCUGACGGACUACAACCACCCGUGCCAGAUCGUGGCGGACGCGCUGACGAUGGCGGAGACGCGCGGGGCGCUGGAGGGGGCCAAGGUGGUGUACGUCGGGGACGGGAACAACAUCGUGCACUCGUGGGUCGAGCUGGCGGCCGUGGCGCCGAUCGAGUUUGUGUGCUGCUGCCCCGAGGGCUACGCGCCCGACAUGGGGCUCGUGGAGCGGGCGCGGCGGCGCGGCGCGCGCGUGAGCGUGAGCCACGACGUGGGCGAGGCGACGCGCGGGGCAGACUUUCUGUACGCGGACGUGUGGGCCAGCAUGGGGCAAAAGGAGGAGCUGGCCGAGCGCGAGAGACGGUUCCAGGGGUUCCAGGUGACGGACCAGAUGGUGAAGGGCACGGGGGUGGAGACGCGGUUUCUGCACUGCCUCCCCGCGGAGAGGGGGCGCGAGGUGACCGAUGAGGUGAUGGAGGCGGGCUACUCGGAGGUGUUCAGACAGGCGGAGAAUCGCAUGCACGCGCAGGUCGCUAUUGUGCUGCACUGCAUGGGCGUGGGGUUGGAGGUGUGAGCGGGAUGAGGUGGUGGUGGGGAGGGCUGGGAGAGGUUGAUAAACUUGAGAGCAGGGUGCCGGGGACGAAGGGCUUCAAUUCAUACUGAUGUACACGUGUACGAGGUAGGCAACGUGUAAUACUGAACACGUGUGAAUAGACACGUAUGACGACGUGAACACGUGUUGGCGCAAGUAGGUGUGGGCAUCCUCGUAAAGCUCACAGGGCAGUCUACAGGGCA